AUGGCCAAGACUGCACCGCGACAGCAGACCCCCACGCCACUGGAGGGUUAUCUGGAAUAUUCUGUACCGGCAUCACUUGGGUCGAGUGUCAUUGAUGGAGGCCCUCCGUCGCCUGCUCCGUCGCCUGCCCCCCUCGCGACCCCUGUCACAGGUCCCUCAUUCUCCACGCUGCCAAGGUGGAGGAAAUAUGGCAUAUUCAUCUGUUGCUGCUUGAUGCAGUUCUUGCUCCAGCUCGACGUCUCCGGCGUGGCCGUGACUAUCCCUAAAAUAGCCAGCGAUGAGAAGGCAACCCAAGUCAAGGCAUUUGCGCUGGCUACGUGCUACUGCCUGGCUCAGACAGUCUUCCAGCUUGUGUUCUCGCACGUCUCGCCCGCCCUAGGGCGAAAGCUCAUGUUCCUGACGGGCCUUCUCUUUUACGUUGUCGGCGCCAGCGUGGCUGCCGGCAGAGUAAAUAUCGACAUUCUGAUCGCCGCGCGUGUGAUACAGGGGAUUGGAUCGGCAGGCAUGUUCACCAUUCCCGCCAUUCUCAUCGUCGAGAUGACCCAGCCGCGCCAGCGGGCGGGUUGGGUUGCUUUUUCUCAGGCCUGGGGUGCGCUGGGAAACAUCUGCGGGCCGUUAGCCGCUGGGGCGAUGUUUCACAUAGGCUGGUCUUGGAACGCCAUCUUUGCGGUUGAGACGUGCUUAGCCGGCCUACUCUUUUUGGCCCUUAUGUCUCUCCUCCCGUGGGACAGCCGCAGCAUAACGGAGAGGCUACACGAGCUCAGGAGCUGUGACUGGCUCGGAAUGGGCCUCUUCUUUGCCUGCGCCGUCGAAUUGCUGGUGCCCAUCAACAUCGGCGGGGCCACAAAGUCGACGCCGUGGGAUUCUAUCGCCGUCCUCGCCCUCUUGGGAUUUGGAUUCGUCACCCUCAUCUUGCUCAUCUACCAUCAGCGAAGGCUGGCGAAGCGGCCUGCUUUUCCCAGUGAGAUAUUCACAAGACGUCCCACCACUGGGCACCGGCACCCCUUUAAGCUUUUUGUGAGCAUCAGCCCCUCGAUCGCAUUCCUGGGCAACGCAGUCUGCGGCAUCCUGCUGUUAGGGGUGUUUUACAGCCUCGUAAUCUUCUGGGAAGGAAUCCGGGAACAGCAAACAGCGAUGGUGGGAGUCAAGCUGCUCUCGAUGACCUUGACUUACCCAGUGGCCUUUGCCAUCACGGGGCUAGCCAUCAGGAAGUGGGGUCGCAUCAAACAGGCCAUAGCCGUCGGAGCCACAAUGUCGACGCUGGGCCUGUUCCUGAUGACGAUGUUCAUGACGAAACGCACGCCGGAACCGGUUCUGAUAAUCAUAUGUUUCAUGGCGGGCGCAGGCUGCGGAGUCUUCGCGCCGGCCAUGGUCAACGCCGUCAUCGCCCUCACGCCCCCGCGCUGGCACUCGCAAGCCAUAGCGACCCGCACCCUGCUGUACACCGCUGGUCAAUGUAUUGGCGUGUCCCUCAGCAUGGCGAUCUUCACCGCGACCUUCAAGGCCCGCUUCCUGGACCCCGACGUCAACUCCCGGCUCAAAGCGACAGGCGGGGAGAUGGUCUUCGAAAGCCCGCAGGAGCUCAUCAGCAAUAUCAAGAACCUGGCGGCCAUGGCGCCGGAAGGGGAGCUGAUCGGUAUGGUGACUCGUUCGCUGCAAUACGUCUGGUGUAGUGCUGGCGUCCUUGCCGCCAUCACUGGCAUCUCGGCCAUCGCGAUGCAGUGCCCUGACCUACCCCCGGAUCGCACCACCCCGCCUCCCCGUCCUGGAGAAGAGCAACAAAGAAACAGCAUUGAGAUGGUAUCACGGUAA